AUGGCCAUCAUCAGCUCAUUGCCCGGCCUCGAAGUCUGGGUCAAUGUGGACGGAACGCCAGCCGCCGAGUACGACGACCCCGACAAUCAAGUGCAGGGCAUGAACCUCAAUAAUUUUCAUGUACCGCCUGGCCGUGUCUCUCAGCCGCCCUGUAUCAUCAAGUAUAUCGAAGCGAAACAUGGGGCGCCUUUCAGCUUUCACUAUCUCGUGCGACCUCCCGUUGAGAGGUCGGACCAAUGGAUUCGGUCUAUAUUUUGGAUUGACGGCACAAAGUUCGCUGCAAACUACGAGAUGAAGUAUGAUCCGGUGCGAGGAGCUCGCGUCACAACUGUCGGCGCUGUUUAUUCCGGUAACGCAACCGAUGGGUAUCAGCGGAACUCAUUCUUAUUCUCCCCGCUUGAGAUCGCCGAUGUAGUGGAGACUGGACAGGUUUCAAAAGAAGACGCGAAGGUCCUCAAGCACUGCGGGACCCUCCGGGUUGCUUUCUUUUACAUAGAAAAGCAAAAUGGCGAUGCCGUCAAAUAUGACAUCCGCCCUCAAGACAGCGACGACCGUGAUACCAGAGCCCCUAUCAUCGCUGAGAAAGCACUGAAGGGCACGGCGGUCGAUUGCAAGACAAGUUAUAUUCCUUCACCGGAGCAAACCCCCAGGAAUGUCAACGCUCAUAAAGACCAUUAUAUCGACGCCAAAAAGCGACCGUUCGCCGUCUUUGAGUUCCGCUAUCGAUCGAAAGAGGGCCUUAUCAAGGAAGGAGUCAUCCCUCGCCCUGGAGUGGAUGAACAGGUUGCCAACAUGACCGAUGCCGAGGUACGGCAGCCCUUGGCCGCGUUGAUGGAGGAGCAGAACCAGCGCUCUCUUGAUAGCGUCAAGGGCGAAGAUUCCACCGGGGUGGCCAAUGCACCGGAAACUGGGAAUCGCCGCCGAAUCAAGAGCGAGGCACUGGCUGCCGCGGAUGACGAGGCCUUGGCUCCUAGCAAGGAGCUGCGGCUCGAUAACGGCCGGGUGGAGAUCGACCUGACUGAUGACUGA